AAAAGGUUCUACCACCGCCACCUCCCGUUGUACACGACUGCUCAACACUCAGACAAGCUGGCCUAAAGGCAAGCGGAGUCUACACGCUGUUCCCCUUCACAUUCCCCGUGUUCUGCGACAUGGAGACGGAUGGAGGCGGGUGGACGGUCAUCCAGAGAAGGAUUCCGAAGGACACCCACGAGGACUUCAACCGGCCGUGGACCGACUACCGCCAGGGCUUCGGCGAACUGAGCAGCGAGUUCUGGCUCGGACUCGAAGCGCUUCACCAACUCACGCACAGUUCGGAGUACGAAUUGCGGGUCGACAUGAGGGACUUCGAGAUCGGGUCCAAGUAUGCGGUUUACGGGGUAUUCCGCGUAGGACCAGAGAGCGAUGGCUACCGUUUGACCGCCACGCACUACUCGGGCAACGCUGGCGAUGCUCUGUCCGUGUUUCACUCUGGGAGGAAGUUUUCGACGUUCGACCGCGACCAGGACACAGCGCGGAACAAGAGCUGCGCCCGCGAGAAGGAGGGCGGCUGGUGGUUCCACGCGUGUUACGCCGCCCACCUCAACGGCCUCUACCCAGACGAACCUGAGAGACUGAGCAAGGGCCCUGAGAUUCGGUGGUGGAGCAACCAGGACCAUGUACUCGUCCUCAACUCCGUGGAGAUGAAGAUUCGACGGAAAAAGGGUUUUAUCACGCCCUCCGGUACUCCCACAGACACAGAAGACACAGGCAAAGGCGCUGGAAAGUCAGAGCCCACACCCGACGGCGAUGACAAAGGCGUGACACCAAGGGUCAACUCGGGCGAGGACCAAGGCGAACGUAUGGACUACGACUACCACUGGGAAGCAGAUAACGAAGUUAUUACCUUCGGGGAUAUUAGCGGAGACGUCGAGGACGAGUACAACGUCACAGAUCAUAAGGGGCGCUCCGAUGUGAGCCCCUGGGGAGUCGCUAAAACGCAUAGAAACGCGGAAGGAUAAAUGUCACCUUUGGGAAGGGUACUCUCUCAAAUGUGUUCAGGGUUCGUGCGUGAUGUACGGUCUCGUGUUGAGGGAUAAACAAGCGUAGUUUUACUGAAUUUUACAGGAAGUCAAAAUAGAAAUGGUGAAGAGUGCCGCGAACCUUAAACAAUUUUAAGUAUUGAAUGGCCAUUUAGUCAUAAACUGCACUAGAAUUAGUUUUAAGCACUUCACUGAACCUCAAUGAAAUGUUCACAUGACAUGGCCUUUGUGCAGCAUAUAUGCAACUGCACUGACAUAUCCACCUUCAUGCCAAUUUUAAUGUGUUCUUAUAAUGAAGGGAUACUUUGUUUAGGCAGUGAAUUUCAGGUUACAUUGGUUGUUGCAUACUACUCAUCCAAAGAAAUAUCCUAUCAAAUUUUGGCAGUGAACGGGUUUAGUAAGAAGUUAUCACUCCUAUCAUUUUCAGCUAGAUUUUUUACCACAAAUAAAGUAUGUCUAAGCGCAUCAUAAUGUAACCGAAAAAAAAUCAAAACAUGUUGAGCUGUAUAAUGUUACUAAGAUUCUGCAUAAAGUUUUUGACAAAAUGUA